AUGGAUUUCGCUCCCUAUCAAUCCUCUCCGCCCGAAAACAGCCGUCCCUUCUCCCCGCCUCGGUCCAACGCCGCGUCGCCGCGCGCUUCCUUCGAUAAUCGUCGGCCUUUCUCCCCUUCUCAGCAGCAGCAGCAGCAGCAACGCGGCUUUACGUCCCCGCCGCCUUUACAACAUCCUCAACCUCAACGUUCGUGGCAGUCCUCGCUUCCCGGUGCCGGUGUCGGUAGCAGCUACGCACCUGAGACUGGGGCGUACGUGAGCGAGUUCGAUACCAGCCUUGGUAUACGGUUGGAUUAUGAAGCUUGCCUAGCGUAUAUUGCGCUGCCGCCUCUAGGCGCAAUAAUAUUGUUGAUAGUGGAGCGGAAGAGCGAUUUUGUUAGGUUCCACGCGUGGCAGUCCAGUCUGCUAUUCACCGUCGUUUUCAUCGUACACCUAAUCUUCUCGUGGUCUACAUUCCUAAGUUGGGUCAUAUUCCUUGCGGAUCUAGGCCUGAUGGGGUGGCUAGCCCUGCGCGCAUAUCGGGAUGCAGACACGUUAGAUCGAUUCGAAGUUCCUAUUUUCGGUCAAAUAGCGAGUAGAAUACUCGACGACGAGUAA